UUGGCUGUCCAGGCAAGUCAUGCACGCAGCUAUGUUCAGUGCAAAGUGUAUUUCAAAAACAUCUGCUCACACGUUUUGGGAAGUAAACUUAAAAUCCUUUUUUUCCACACAUUUUACAGCUGUUCAGUGAGAGUACUGCUUCGGCCAUGGAGUUUUAUAGCGAGCACGAAGACUGCAAGAAGCUCUAUGGGUCGGAAUUCACAACAUCGCAAUUCACAAGAACAUUGAACAAGCUGUUCGACUGCCUGAACUCUCGGAGGCCAGACCAUGUUCGAUUCAACGAAGCACAACACAUUGCUGUGUUGAAGGACAGCAUUGCAUGGCUGGACAUUUGGGAGAAAUACAUCAAGACAUUACCGACCCAGAGGCAAGUCUGCUUUCUGAGUAAGCAGACAUGUGGAGCCCUCAGACUGACACUGCAUAGCUCAGUUGCACUCAUCGAGAGCUUGCUGUUGUCUGGGUUUCGUUACGUUCUCGUUGGGAACUUCGGACAAGAUCCUCUAGAGAGGUUUUUCGGCAUCGUCAGGCAUGUUGCUGGUGACGGAGGGCAGCCGACUGUGCAACAUUUUUUGUUCAUCUAUCGGAUGCUCUCUGUAAACAACCUAGUUCGGCCGCCAAAACAGGCCUCGGUCGAGGGAGGUGGACCCCAGCUGUUGCUCAAGCUCCAGGGCCUCUUUGACAAGGGAAAACCUGCCUCCAGUCAGAUUGACAUGUUGGCGGUCCUCUUUGAUGACGUUCUUGAGGAGCCGGGGGAGGCAGUGAACAAUGCAUCCGUGCCUGACGUUACGCUCUCCACCAAAGAGUGCAUUCUUGAUUAUCUUGCCGGUUACGUGGUAAAGAAGUUUUCAACGAUAAGCUGCACUGACUGCGUGGGAACACUCAAGAGCCAGACACGAGAGCCAACUGACCUAAUCCAGAAGAAGUCAAGAGGAUUCCUGCAAGUGCCCUCAUCCCAGCUUCUCAGCCUGUUGCGCAUUGUGGAAGGACAUGUUGAAGAACUGACUGUGGACACAGUUGCAUGUGCCGAUGUGUAUGCGAACAUUGUUGACCAAGUUUUGCUCGACAGCCGCAUUGCUUCUGCUGGUGUGGGCUGUAGGUUGCACUAUGUGGGUACCACAGCAGAGGUUGUUCAUUUUUUCUUGAGGUGCCGCCUGCACUUUUACACCAGGGAAAAAAACAAGCUGACACGAGCGACGUGGCGAGCAAACUGCCCGCGGCACCAGGAGGCGCACUCACCAACCUUGCCUUGUCGAUUCCGUAUCCUGACGGUGCAAGCUUAUCUAAAAUUUUGUAGUUAUUCGGUAAGAGGAGACACCGCUAGGGGGCCACGGAGAUUACACCACAACUGGGUGACUACUAUCAAUUCUCUCGGAGCUCGCAAUGCAGGGACGGAACAGCAGAAGUGGUCCUUUGUUAUGGACCACCUUCAAAAUGUUGCCACCUUGAGGCAUAGAUUCGAAGCUCUCGGCCACGACCUAAUCAUGCCUGGCCGAAACCUAGGAGGACGCUCAAGAGGGGCUCCACCUCUAUUCAGCGGCUGGCCGCUGAAGUUCACCACAUGA